AUGGCGGAAGAACAAGUGCCAGAAGAAGGUAUGGCCAGGAAUUAUGAACAGGAGUUAACAGAGUUGAAGGAAGAAUUUGAAAAGUUACAGGAACAUUUAUCAAACGUAGAAGUGAGAUACCAGACUGAGAUACAAGAGACUAAUAAACAGAAGGAGAAUGAUUUCGCUGUACAGUUGAUGAAUGUGGUCACUAAUUUAUUUGGGCGUAGUCAGUAUAGUGAUUUAAAGAUAUUACUAGAGAAUGGAAAUGAAUUAUGUGUUCACAAAUUAGUUUUAUUAUCCCGCAGUAACGAUUGGGAUGUUCCAGAUUUAGACGAAGUCGAUGUUCUAGAUCUUAAAGGUAUUAAAUAUGAUGUAGCAUAUUCCAUGUUAAAAUGGGUCUACACGGAUCAAAUAGAGUUUGAAGAAAAUAAAGAGAAUCUAGUUGAAAUGUUAAAACUAUCAACAAAAUUUAAAUUAGAACCAUUACAAAUCAGGUGUCAGAAUUUUAUGAUAGAAAUAGUCAACGUUGAUAAUUGUAAUACAUUUUAUCAGGCUGCCAGUGAAACAUCGGCAGAAUUAUUGAAAGAUUAUUGUCAGGAAUUCCUCUCUAAACAUCAGGAGAUAUUAGAUAUUCAUGAUGACUUAGAACAAACUAAUUUAACAUUCCCAGAAAUAUACAGGUUACAAAAUCAGGUUGGUGAACUUGACGAGGAUAAAAUAGAAUCAUUGAUAACCGUCCAAGAAUACAACGAAAGCGUCCAACUGAAAAAACCAAAAACUACAUCGAAACUUCCAUUUGCGUGUGUUAUUUGUGGUCUUCAAUUCCCUAAUGAAGCAGAGUUCACUUCUCAUGGUGAUGUUCAUACACAGUCAGAAUCCUUUAUUUGUAAACUUUGUGGACAUAGGUUCAAAACUGAUGCAGAAGUCAAACUUCAUUUGAUUCAACAUUCUAAAAAACCAGUUGUGAAAUUUGUGUGCAAUAUUUGUCACAAACCAUUCACUGAAAAACGUUCUUUUAUAAAGCAUAUGAGGAUACACGAGGGAGUAGGGAUAAAAUGUGAAAUUUGUAAUAGAAUUUUUAUGAGUAAAGCUGAUCUAGACCGACAUCAUACAGUUCACACGCAGGAGAAACCUUUUAAAUGCUCAUUUUGUGAGAAAAGGUUUCGCCUCAAACCUCAAAUGAAAACUCAUCUUGUUUUACAUACUGGAGAGAAACGUUUCGAAUGUGAU